CUGCUCCAACACGGCCGUAACACCGGGAAGGAUUUUGUUGUGACAGUUGAGCAGCUACCCGGUGGGGAGACGGUAAAAACAGUAUUUUCCCCUUGGAUCAGCCAUGGCCUUCAGCAAAGGAUAUCGUAUUUAUCACAAGCUGGAUCCACCGCCUUACAGUGUCAUAGUGGAAACGAGGACCAGGGAGGAAUGUCUCAUGUUCGAAUCAGGAGCUGUUGCCGUUUUGUCGGCAGCAGAAAAGGAGACCAUUAAAAGUACCUAUACCAGGAUCUUUGAUGCAUAUGGAAUUCUGGGAGUUCUCCGGCUUAACCUUGGUGACUCCAUGCUCCACAGUCUGGUGGUUGUGACUGGAUGCAGCUCUGUAGGAAAGGUGCAGGAUUCAGAGGUCUUCAGGGUCACGCAGACAGACUUUAUAUCACUGAAGAAUGAUCCAGCUGAUGAGGACAGGAUUGCUGAGGUCCGCAAGGUCCUAAACUCCGGUCACUUUUACUUUGCCUGGUCUUCCACUGGAGCCAGCAUGGACCUAAGUCUCAACGCACACCGCAGGAUUCUAGAGGACACCACAGACAACCGCUUCUUUUGGAACCAGUCUCUGCACUUGCACCUUAAACACUAUGGAGUUAACUGUGAUGACUGGCUGCUGAGGCUGAUGUGCGGCGGCGUGGAGAUCAGGACUAUCUACGCAGGCCACAAACAGGCCAAGGCUUGCAUCUUCUCUCGCCUGAGCUCGGAGCGAGCCGGGACACGAUUCAAUGUCCGAGGAACCAAUGAUGACGGGCAAGUGGCCAACUUUGUGGAGACGGAACAGGCUAUUUUCCUGGAUGAUAAAGUCUCCUCCUUCAUCCAGAUCCGGGGCUCCAUUCCUCUUUUCUGGGAACAGCCGGGAAUCCAGAAAAAGUCCAUUAAGGGUGUUUUGUUGCACCUACAUGAGAAUCGGCACCCUAAUGGACUGGAUGAAAACCCCCACCUGGUGGGUUCACAUCGUGUCAAACUGUCAAGGGGAUUCGAAGCAAACGCACCUGCUUUUGAAAGGCAUUUCACUGCGCUGCGGAGGUUGUAUGGAAAGCAGGUGAUCAUCAACCUGCUUGGAGGCAAAGAAGGGGAACAUAUGCUCAGCAAAGCAUUUCAGAGUCACCUGAAGGCAUCAGAGCAUGGCACAGCAGUGAAAAUGAUUAAUUUUGACUAUCAUCAAAAUGUGCGAGGUGGCAAGACUGAAAAGCUCGCCAGUGUCCUGAAACCCCAGCUCAAUAAAUUCAUAGAAGAGUGCGGGUUCUUCUACUAUUCAGGGGAAAAAGGAAUUGUGAGAACCCAGGGAGGGACCAUAAGGAGUAACUGCCUGGACUGUUUGGACAGAACCAACAGUGUUCAAGCCUUCUUUGCUCUUGAGAUGCUGCCCAAGCAGUUAGAACAAAUGGGUCUGACAGAGAAACCCCAGCUGGUGGCCAGGUUCCAGGAGGUUUUCAGGACCAUGUGGUCAGCUAAUGGCGACUCUGUCAGUAAGAUCUAUGCAGGGACCGGAGCCCUGGAUGGCAAGGCCAAGGCGGGAAAGCUCAAAGAUGGCGCUCGCUCCGUGACCCGCACCAUCCAAAACAACUUCUUUGAUAGCUCCAAGCAGGAGGCCAUCGACAUCUUGAGGCUGGGAUCCACACUAAACAGUGAUUUGGCAGACAAGGCUCGAGCCUUGCUCACCACUUCCAGUCUUUAUGUCACAGAGCCUGUCUUACAAUCAGCCUCUCCUAGAGUGUUGCUGGGAAUGUGUCAGAAUCACCACAAAUACACAAAGCCCAAGCAGAUCCGGGUCUGCGUCGGCACCUGGAACGUCAACGGGGGAAAACAGUUUCGGAGCAUCGCAUUUCGCAACCAAACUCUGAACGACUGGCUGCUGGAUGCUCCAAAGAAGGCAGGGCUUCCUGAGUUUCAGGACAGUAAAGCCAAUCCCAUUGAUAUCUUUGCCAUUGGCUUUGAGGAAAUGGUCGAGUUGAAUGCUGGGAACAUUGUCAGUGCCAGCACCACUAACCAGAAACUGUGGGCAGCUGAGCUCCAAAAAAGCAUUUCCAGGGACCACAAAUACGUGCUGCUUGCUUCGGAGCAGCUGGUGGGAGUGUGCCUGUUUGUUUUCAUCCGUCCGCAGCAUGCGCCUUUCAUCAGGGAUGUAGCUGUAGAUACAGUAAAAACUGGAAUGGGCGGGGCUACUGGUAAUAAGGGAGGCGUCGCCAUCCGCCUGCUGUUCCACACCACCAGCAUCUGCUUCGUCUGCUCCCACUUUGCUGCUGGCCAGUCUCAGGUUAAGGAAAGGAACGACGACUACAACGAGAUCACUCGCAGGCUCAGCUUCCCCAUGGGCCGUCUGCUGUAUUCGCAUGAUUAUGUGUUCUGGUGUGGGGACUUUAAUUACCGAAUCAGCCUGCCCAAUGAGGAAGUAAAAGAGCUCAUCAGACAGCAGAACUGGGAUGCUUUAACAGCUGGUGAUCAGUUGUUGGACCAAAAAAAUGCAGGAAUGAUCUUUCGAGGCUUCAUUGAGGGAAAGUUGGAUUUCGCCCCCACUUACAAGUAUGACCUCUUCUCCGAAGAUUAUGACACCAGUGAGAAGUGCCGCACACCAGCGUGGACCGACCGCAUCCUCUGGAAGAGGAGAAAGUGGAACUUCAACCGAACAGCUGAGGAGAUGAACAUGGUGGGUGCAGCCUCUACAUCUGCAGAGGCGGAGGAGAAUCCAGAGCAGGCCUGGAGCCCUGGGACUUUGAAGUACUACGGCAGGGCUGAGCUCAAGACCUCAGAUCACAGACCUGUGGUAGCAAUAAUAGAUGUGGACAUCCUAGAGGUGGAUCCAGAGGAACGACACCAGGUCUACAAAGAAGUCAUCGCUCUGCAGGGGCCUCCAGAUGGAACCAUCUUGGUCUCCCUUUGCUCCUCUGGGCCUGAGGACUAUUUUAGUGAUGAACUCAUCGAUGAGCUGCUUGAUAAGUUUGCUAAUUUUGGGGAAGUCAUUCUCAUCAGGUUUGUUGAGGAGAAGAUGUGGGUGACCUUCUUAGAAGGUUACUCUGCUCUGGCCGCGCUGUCUCUCAGUGGUUCAACCGUGCUCGACAAGAUGAUUGACAUCCGCCUGAGGAGUCCAGGAUGGAUCAAGAGUCUGGAGGAGGAAAUGAGUGUGGAGAGGAUCUGCGGCAGCAUUCCCACUUCAGCCAGCUCCACUUUACUUGCUGAGGAUGUGGACGUGGGUGAUGACGAUUACGAUAUGGAAGGUGAUGUGGAUGACGAGGAGGAAGACAUCCUUCCCCAGCACCUGCAGCCUGGAGCAGGUUCCGCAUCUGGAUCUUCACCGCUGCCGUCCCCCCGCAGCAGUCCGUGUCCCUCUCCUACACAUGGGGAACCUGCUGCACCCAACAGACCAAGCCGUGGACAGCAACCCCCUCGACCGUCGCAAGGGCCUCCUGUAGACUUCCAGCCUGGUGCUCCCACAGGUCUAGGCCUGGAGCCCAAACGGCCUCCUCCACCUCGGCCCAACGCCCCUCCAGCCAGACCAGCUCCGCCUCAACGCCCUCCACCACCUUCAGCUGGCAUGAGCCCUCAGCCAGUUAGAAAGGACUCUGGAGGACCAAAAAGCCCCGCUCUUCCUCGGCAAGAUGCUCCUGCAGGUCGAGGCCAAGCAGGAGCUCCGGCCCCUGGAGGGGCUCCCAGACCAAAUAUUCCUCCUCGAGCUGGAGUGAUCAGUAUGCCCCCUCAGUCUCGGCCACAGCCUCCCUCUCAUCCAGGUGCUCCAAGGCCCAUUCCAGAUGUGCAUCCCGGAGCCCCUCGGCCUAUCGCAGACACCCACCCUGGAGCCCCACGGCCUGUGCCCAGUGCACAAGUUAAACCACCUGAUCUUCCGUUGGGUCCUCCACCAUCAGGACCCCCUCCCACAAUGAAACCCCAGGCUCAGUCUCCCAUGCAGCCUCAGCAAGCUCCCCCGUCGGCUCAGUCACAGCUGCCACCUCCAAUGCAGCCAACGCUUCCUGCUCCUAUGCAGCCACAACAGGCAGCGCCUCCCACUGCAGCCACUCCACCUGCUGCAGCCACUCCCACCGCUGCUUCUCCUGGGCCGCAGCAGAGCCUGGCGUCCCCUAAACCCCCACCUCGCUCCCGCUCAUCUCAUGCUCUGCCACCUGAAGCUGCCAAAUCUGAGUCUGCCCCAGCUGCACAGAGCAACGGACUAAACGGAUUCCAAAGAGAAGCACAAUGGAAGCCCGACCCCUUUGACUCUCUUACAUCUGACCUGUUCUCCUCUUCCUCAUCCUCCCGGCUCACCACCCAAUCCCUUAACAGAGGCUCCUCUCUCUGUGCUCCACCCUCUCUUCCUUCAUUCACACAUUCCUCCUCCACUCUCCCCUCGUCAUUCUCCUCCCAGUCAUCCGCUUUAUUUGAUCUUGAGUCCCUCAAUUCAUCUUCCUCAUCCUCACUCUCCACCCCGUCGCCAUUUGCCGCCACGCUCCUCCCGCCGCCUCCUGUCCCAUCUCGCAGCCGCUCUCAGGAGAUUCUUCGUGCCUCUCCGAACCCCUUCCAGGCUGAGCCGCUGCCGGCCCGGCCCAGCAGCACCAAUCCCUUCACGGGCCCCCUGCUGCAGCAGCAGCAGCCUCGUCGUGCUUUGACCCCAGACUUCAGCGUCCAGCAUCAAAGCCAAAAAUCCGACCUUCAGAGGACUUUGUCUGCUUUCUCUCAGCCGCUCGUCCCCACCCCAGCAGCUGCAACCUCCUCCCAGCUCAGUCGGACCGUGUCUCUCUUUGGACCAUCACCCAGUCUCAAUCCGACCCAAGCUCCCCUGCUGCCACUGGCUCUCGCUCCGUCUCCCGCCCCCACAUUACCGCCAGCAUCGGCCUACUCUCUCCCUCCAGCUCUCGCCCCCCGUUCUCAGCCACCUCCUCCUUCAGCAGGAAAACAAACGAAGCAGUGGGUCACAUUUGAUGAGGAUUUGAAAUUCCCACCAACAACAAAAACACAACAGAACCCCAUAUUAGGUCCCAGUCGUCUGCCGACCCUCUCUGUGUUUGACUCUGAGCCUGAGUGGUUGUCCUCCUUACCGCCUCAAAUCCCAACCAGAACUGCUACCAAUAACCCAAAUCCCCUGCAGGGUCCCAACAACAAUGGCUUCUUUUCCUAGUUAGUCCGCAGAAACAAACAUUAACCACUCAUCAGAUGUAAGAGGCAUAUCUAUAUGUAUAGAUCUAUGAUAAAUGAGUAAAUGUGUUUAUGUAAAAAAGACAAUAUUUAAGAGUUAUAGACCCCCCCCCUAAGUGUUUCAGGAGUUUAUAUCUCUAAACAGUAUUGUGAUAAAUGUUGGCACCCAGCUUUCAAGCUAUUGUCAUUGAAUUUACUAAAACUCACCGUUUUGUUUGGAUCUACGGCAGAAAACACGCUCCUGUCUUCAGUAUGUUUCAUAUAAAGUAUAUCUAUAUCCACAAGUCAUGCGUUUACGCACCUGUGCAAUAUCAGAGCAUACUUGUGGGGCUGUGCUGAUGUUUCCUAUAAAUACGUGUGGCUUUGCAGGUAACUCACCAUCAUUUGAACUGAUCAGAAGAACAGAUGAUCUCUAGGUUUCACUUUAUCGUCUGAUUGCAGGAUUCUCCUUUUGUUUCCUGUGGAAGAAGCUCAGAACUGAAGGCCAUUUUAUUUCUGAAUGUAAUUUCAUUUGCACUGGAUUUGUGACGUCUGCAGUGUGUGUUUGUUUGUGUGUGUGUGUAUAGCACAAGUUGUUUUGCCAGAUUAACCAGAUUGAUCCUCUGUAAAAUCACCUCAUCCUCUCGAUAAUAACUGCUUUAUUCAGUCAUCGUUAUUCAUCUGUAAGCUGAUAUUCCUGGUGUUUUGUAGCUCAGCAUCCAAUCCUAUACAUAGCAAACCUGUGUAUAAAUGUAUGCUUGAUUAUACAGAGUACUUGCUGGAUGUAUGAGUGUGUUUGUGAGGACCAAGUCAGCGGGUUUAGCCCGAUAAUACGAAUAUGCACUGAGACUCUGUGUGCGCCCUCCUCUUUUCCUGCAUUUUGUUUUUAUUUUAAUGGUUUAUCCAAAGUAUCGAUCUGUUCUAUAAGAAAUAAUUUUUAAGAAAUGCUGCCAGCUGGUGUGUUUAGUUGUACUUCAACGGUUAGCACUUUUUUUUGUUUACUUUAUUAUCAUUUCGAGGAGCCGCUGCUCUCGUUAUUGUUACCUUGGUGGGAAGUGAUGUGCUGUGUUUGAUGUGCAUUUCGUCUGUUGGUUUAUUUUGUUGAUUUGAAUGUGAGCGGGAGUGUGUGUACAAAGUUUUAAGAGUAGAAACCAUCAUAUUUCCUGACAGACUCAAAGCUACCUAUCUAUGCUCCCUGUACGUUUGCUCCUAUCAGUCAGCAGCUAUUUGUCAUUCAAUAAAGGGACUUUUAAAGAAAGUCACUUUUGACUUAAUCAGACCACAUUUCCAGAUUUUAGACAGUUAUCAAAAAGGGUUUAUUCUAGGUAUCCAGCAAUGAGCAGUCAGUUGUUUUAGCAGUUGCUGAUAAACAGGGUUUUGCUAAUAUUUUAAAAUGAAUUAAUUACAGAGAGAAGGUUUUAAAUCACAGGAGUCUCUCCUGUUACCUGCAGUCAGACUUGCUCUCUUCAACCUGAAUUAAACAUAUUCAUAUUUUGUCUUAUAGAAAAGUUUUAUUUUCACCUUUAACCUCUUUGUUUCCUUUUUUUAACCCCUCACUUAUACUGAAACCAGCUAACAUCUCCGAUCAGCAUCAGUAUCCACGCCCUAAAACGUUCUUGUCAUUGGCACCUCCUCUUUCCUAUCUUCUCCAUUCACUGACGGCUACUCGUCAGCGUCCAGUCGGAUGGCGGUCCGGCCAAUUUUUAGUUUUCUACUUCCAAGCUGCUUUAAGUAUUCAAACUUCCACAUUUUGACUGUUUCUGCCAAUCAGGAGGUUAUUUUCUUGUGGAGCCUCAAAUAUUUAUUUAAGCUGCAUUCAGUGUUUUGUCCUGAUUCACUCAUUAGGUACUUGUUACCCAGGCAACCAUGAUGUAAACUGGGUCAGUAAGAGCAACUAUCCAUGCUUAUACGGCCCAUUUUCACUCAGAAAUGUCUGGAAAUCAUUUUGUAAAGGGGGAAAAAAAAAGUUAAAUUCCAGAUUGUGUCCGUUAGGUAUCGCUUUUUUCAUGUAAACACGCAAAAUUUAAAACACUGCAUUUAAAAGUUAAAGGUGGAAGCAAGAGCAUCAGGCCGACACGCCGCCUCUGAAAUGUAUCUGUUGUGUUUUUCCCCCAAUGUGUGUAUAUCAACAGUAGAUGACUAGCCAGGCCUUUACAUGUCACAUUUUUACUUUCAACAUUUUUUUUUUUUUUUUUUUUUAGGUAACAAAUUAUUCCCUUUGUGAGGUGGUUUCCCUUCCUAUGGCUAUAAUCCAUAGUAAAUAAGAGUCUGUGUUGUGAAUCAAACAUAUUCUGUAUGUAUUAAAGUGAAUUCAUGAAGCUGUAAUUCAUGUUAAUAUCCGAUGUUCCAUAGUUUACGUGCAAAGCAGAUGACGCAUUAAUGUAUGAGGCAGUUUGUGUUGUGCUUAAAUAAAUGUACAUU